GGAAUUUGUCAAAUCCCAUGCCCGCCAUAUACCUAAGAUAAAAUCCUGUAAAUUUCUUGAUAGCUAAGUAGAGUCAAAUAUGUGCAAGCUAGCUUGGAUACUCACAUUAUUGAAAAAAGAACUAUUGUUCAUACUAGUUGUGUGAAAUUUUUGCUGAUAUUGGUGAAUAAGGUUCAUAAUAGACCUAGUGAUGAGAGCAAAAGGUGCCUUUUUAUGAGAGGUAGGGUAACUCUUGUCCUUUCAGUCUUGGACACUUUACCUCUUACUUUACCUUUUGUAAGGUAGCUCAAGGGAUUGGAAAGAAAUGGGGAAUUUCUUGCAAGAAGGUGAUAUAAAGGAAUGAGAGAUCUUAUAGUGAAUCAAAAUUUGGUUGUUGGGUUUUUAUUUUAAAGGUGGGUUUGGGAUUGACAUUUGGGAAUUGAACUUUUUUAUUUUUACAUGAUCAUAUUCGUGUUCUUAUAAAUUAGGCUGUCUUUGGAUGUGAUAGAUUGAAGGAAGUAUGGAUUCACAUCAAUUGAUGAGUUAAAAACAUUCAGGGUUAAGGUAUGAAGGAGGAUGAAUCAUCAAGUAGUAAAGUUAUUAGCAGAAAUUGGGUCAUGAAACGCAAAAGGAGAAAGAUUCCUACUGCUACUGACUUUCCCACUAAAAGGGAAGACAAUUCACUUGCGAUAGAAUCCCCUCGGAGCGUUUCUUUGGCUAAAGGGAAGGUGAAAAGUGAAGUAUGUCGCAACCAGUUUUCAUCCAAGAAGAAAGGAAAUGAUGGGUAUUUCUUUGAAUGCGUGGUCUGUGAUCUUGGUGGUAACUUGUUAUGCUGUGAUAGCUGUCCAAGGACCUACCAUCUUCAGUGUCUUAAUCCACCCCUUAAGCGGAUCCCCAUGGGUAAGUGGCUUUGCCCAAGCUGCAAUCAGAAGAAUGAUUUACCAUUACAUACCACAAGCUAUUUAGACCCCAUAUCGAAGCGAGCAAGAACAAAAGUAGUUGGUGCAAAAUGUAAAAAUGGAAUUAAAUCUGCUGACACUGUGAAAGUGUCCCAGAUAUUUGGAAGUUCCAUUCUUGCCAAGAAGAGAUCUUCCAUCAGGAGAAAAUCAAUAUUGGCUAAUAAAGUAAAGAGUUUUGGAAGGAAAUCAGCCACCUCCAAUGUAGACGUGUCUUGUAGUGCCAAGCUAAGUCAUCCAUCGGAUGGUAAUACUGAAACAAGUGUAUCUUCUCCUGCCAACGUUGAUGAUGAAAAGUUAUGCAAUGCAUCUCCAUCAAACUCUCAAACAGAAGAGAAGUCGGUUCCUGCUGUUCUGGAGGUUAUAUCUCAUUCAAAAGCAGAAAAAUUAGAGCCAUGUGAUGAGGUUCCUGAUAAGAAUCCUGAUAUGCUUGAAAUCAAGCUUGGAGUUUCUUGUGAGGAUGCAUCUCCGAGUAAGAACCUUGUUCUUGCAGUCAGUGCUGCGAUGAAGCAAACAAGAAAAAGGAAAAAAAAGAUCAAUAAAAAUGUUGGUCAGCAGAAGCAUAAAAAUGGAAAGGCAACGUGUGUAGCUAGCACUUCAAAAAAACUUGGAUGCAAAGUAGAUGCUCCUAGUCCUGGAAAUAGUAAAUCAGUACGGAAACAUAAACAUGUUGACCAUGACAUACCUACUUCCUCUUCGAAGGAAGAGAUUGGGACUAAGAAUUCAGAUCUUGAGAGAAAAGAUGAGAGACUUCUUCAUGAUGACAAAGAUAAGUUGGUCGAGCUUGAUAAAGUAACAAAUCAUGUAGAUGCCAUGUUGGUAUGUGAAAAUGGAUUGGAUGGUGAGACUUUACAGGUUGAUCGAGUUUUAGGGUGUCGUGUUCAUGGUAGUAGUGAGGAAUCUUUAUAUUUACCCGAGAUAGCUGUUAAUGAUCAUCCAGACAAUCUUCUAAAUCUAGAAGAAGCCAGAGAAACAGGGGACAAAUCUGCAUUUGAUGAUGUUCAUGUCUUAGUAGUUGGAACAGAAAAUGUCAUAAAGGCUCAAGAGAGUGUAGGUCCAAGUGGUGAUAUGGAAGAAAGCUUGAAGAGAGAUACAAAGAAAGAUAAAAUACAGGCAUAUAGAAGAUCUGUGAACAAAAAAUCAAAGAAAGAUAUGGCCUUGGACAUAUUGAGCAAGGGCAAUAUUGGUUGCUGUACUACAACCAUGAACACUGAAAGUCAAGAUGAAGCUUCUGCAACGUUAGAAGAUCAGGGUUCAACAAUUGAAAAUGCCAUCUCAGAGGAGAAUGUUGAUAUCAGCUUGAGAAGUUCUGAUGGAAAUGAUGUCUUAAAAGUGUGUGAAAAGAUUGUUUCUUUUGGAACCAAUAAUAUAAUAGAAGGUGAUACAGAAGUAGGUGUCGGUAGCAUUGCCAAAAAUAAAAUUGUGGAUUCCUUGUUACCUGAUACUGCAUGUAGGAAUGCUGAGACCACCAUACAUUAUGAAUUUCUAGUGAAGUGGGUUGGUAAGUCUCAUAUUCAUAAUAGCUGGAUUCCUGAAUCUCAUCUGAAAGUUUUAGCAAAGAGAAAACUUGAAAAUUACAAGGCAAAAUAUGGGACUGCUGUCAUUAAUAUAUGUGAGGAACGAUGGAAGCAGCCUCAGCGAGUGAUUGCUCUUCGUUCUUGCAAGGAUGGGGCCCAUGAAGCAUUUAUAAAAUGGAGUGGCCUUCCUUAUGAUGAAUGCACUUGGGAAAAAUUAGAAGAACCUUUUCUAGAAGAAUCUCCACAUCUGAUCCAACUGUUCAAUGAUUCUGAGCAGCAAACAAUUGAAAAGGACACUUCCAAGGAAAACUUACCUAGGAAAUAUGGUGAUUCACAGUUUGAGAUAGCUACUCUUACUGAGCAACCUAAGGAACUUCAAGGGGGUUCAUUGUUUCCUCAUCAACUUGAAGCUCUCAACUGGCUGAGGAAAUGCUGGUACAAGUCAAAAAAUGUAAUACUUGCUGAUGAGAUGGGUCUUGGAAAAACAGUAUCAGCUUGUGCUUUUAUUUCAUCAUUAUAUUUUGAGUUUAAAGCAAGACUCCCUUGUUUAGUCUUGGUCCCGCUGUCCACAAUGCCUAAUUGGCUUUCUGAAUUUUCUUUAUGGGCCCCACAUUUGAAUGUUGUGGAAUACCAUGGAGGUGCAAAGGCAAGAGCAACUAUCCGUCAGUAUGAAUGGCAUGCUAGCAAUCCAAGUCAGUCAAAUAAGAAAACCGUCUCCUUUAAAUUUAAUGUUCUUUUGACUACGUAUGAAAUGGUUCUAGUUGAUUCUUCUUAUCUUCGUGGGGUUCCCUGGGAAGUACUUGUGGUAGAUGAAGGCCACCGUUUGAAGAAUUCUGGAAGUAAGCUUUUCAGCUUGCUUAAUACAUUUUCUUUCCAACAUCGUGUUCUGUUGACUGGUACACCUCUGCAGAACAACCUGAGUGAGAUGUAUAACUUACUUAAUUUCUUGCAGCCAGCUUCAUUUCCUUCUUUAUCGUCAUUUGAGGAGAAGUUUUAUGACCUUAAAACUGCUGAAAAGGUUGAAGAACUGAAAAAACUUGUUGCUCCACAUAUGCUUCGAAGGCUUAAAAAGGAUGCUAUGCAAAAUAUUCCUCCUAAGACUGAAAGAAUGGUUCCUGUUGAGCUAUCAUCCAUCCAAGCUGAAUAUUAUCGUGCAAUGCUGACAAAAAACUAUCAGAUACUAAGGAAUAUUGGAAAGGGUGUUGCACAACAGUCCAUGCUAAAUAUUGUGAUGCAAUUACGAAAAGUCUGCAAUCACCCAUAUCUUAUACCAGGCACUGAGUCUGAAUCUGGUUCUGUAGAGUUCCUUCAUGAAAUGCGGAUAAAAGCUUCAGCUAAGUUGACGUUGUUGCAUUCUAUGCUCAAGAUUUUACAUAAGGAGGGUCAUAGAGUUCUACUAUUUUCCCAGAUGACUAAGCUUCUUGAUAUUCUUGAAGAUUACUUGACCAUAGAAUUUGGACCUAAGACAUAUGAGAGAGUAGAUGGCUCUGUUUCAGUGGCAGAUCGUCAAGCUGCAAUUACGCGCUUUAACCAAGAUAAGAGUCGAUUUGUUUUCCUAUUAUCAACACGCUCUUGUGGUCUUGGUAUUAACUUGGCAACUGCUGACACUGUUAUUAUUUAUGAUUCUGAUUUUAAUCCGCAUGCUGAUAUCCAAGCUAUGAAUCGGGCACAUCGAAUCGGUCAAUCAAACAGACUUUUGGUAUACCGGCUUGUAGUUCGUGCUAGCGUUGAAGAGCGCAUUUUGCAGCUUGCUAAGAAGAAAUUGAUGCUUGAUCAGCUUUUUGUUAACAAGUCAGGGUCACAAAAGGAAGUAGAAGAUAUUCUGAAAUGGGGUACGGAAGAAUUAUUUAGGGGUUCAACCAUCACUAGUGAGAAGGACACAGUUGAAAAUAGUUGUAAUAACAAGGAUGAGGCAGUGACAGAUAUGGAGCAUAAGCAUAAGAAGAGGACUGGUUCCCUGGGGGACGUCUACAAGGAUAAAUGUACUGAUAGUGGCAAUAAGAUUGUUUGGGAUGAAAAUGCAAUUUUCAGAUUGCUAGACCGUUCAAACCUUCAGUCUGACGCAACUGAAAUUGCUGAAGCUGAUACAGAGAAUGAUAUGCUUGGCUCCGUCAAGUCUGUCGAUUGGAAUGAUGAACCUGCAGAAGAACAAGGAGUAGCUGAAUUACCCACUGCUGUAACCGAUGAUAUUUGUACAGAAAAUUCAGGAAGGAAAGUGGACAAUGGGCUGACAGAUGCUGAGGAAAAUGAAUGGGACAGACUUUUGAGGAUCAGAUGGGAGAACUAUCAGAGUGAGGAGGAAGCAGCUCUUGGCCGUGGGAAACGCCUCCGUAAAGCUGUUUCUUACAGGGAAGCAUAUGCUCCUCAUCCUUGUGAAACAUUGAGUGAGCAGAGUGGUGGUGAAGAAGAAAGAGAACAGGGACAGGAGCCAGAGAGGGAAUACACACCAGCAGGGCGUGCUUUGAAAGAAAAAUUUGCUAAGCUACGAGCAAGACAAAAAGAACGGCUUGCUAAAAGAAACGCAAUGGAAGAAUCCUUCCUUCGUGAGGGAGUGACUCUACAUGGGUCACUCCUUCACCCUCAGUAUCCUCACAUCAAUGCGGCAGAUUCAGAUCAAGCACCAGGAUCAUUAGAAACUAAUAAAGAGAGGACUGCAGUAUUUAUCUUGGAGGAUGACAAACUUGUCCAGUCAGCAGAUGCUCCAAAGAGCCAGAUCAAUUCAACCUCGAGGCUGGGAAGAAUUUCAAGGCACACAAUUAGCAGUAAAUUAGAUCUUGCUGUUGGUCCAAUAGAGUAUUCGUCCGCUGAUAAUUGUCCUCCAAGCCAACAUUUUCUGGGCACCAGUCAUGCAAACUCAGUCCCGAUCAACUUGUUGCCGGUUCUUGGACUUUGUGCUCCUAAUGCUAAUCAGCAUGAGACAUCACGUAAAAGCUUGUCAAGAUCAAAUUGUAAGCAGAGCCGAACCGGAGCUGGACCUGAUUUUCCAUUUAAAUUAUCCCCUUGCUCUGGUACUUUAAGUGGCACUGAUAUUGGUGGUGCUGAGGCUAUGCCAGACAAAGAAUUGCCGACUUCAUCAGUAGAACGCUUGCAGGGCCAUCUUUUAUUUGCUCAGGAAAAUAUGACGACCCACAAUUUUCCCUUUGAUGAGAAAAUGUUGCCCAGAUAUCCAAUCCCAUUGAAGAACUUGCCUAGUUCACGGCUUAACUUCUUAUCAAAUCUGUCCCUGGAUAGCAGAGUUGAAGCCAUUAAUGGCUGUCUUCCAACCAUACCUUUACUACCCAGUUUUAAACUUCCUUCCCUAGAUGUUAUGAGGGGAAAUCAACAAGAUGAGGAGGAGGCUUCCUCCUUGGGUUUGGGACAGAUGCUUCCAGCAUUUUCGAUGUUUCCUGAGAAUCAUAAGAAGGUGCUUGAAAACAUAAUGAUGAGGACUGGAUCUGGAUCUGCCAACUACUUCAGAAGGAAACCAAAAGGAGAUGGUUGGUCAGACGAUGAACUUGAUUUUCUUUGGAUUGGUGUCCGUAGGCAUGGAAAGGGAAACUGGGAUGCCAUGCUUAAAGAUCCUAGAUUGAAAUUCUCAAGGUACAAAACUUCAGAAGAUUUAUCAUCCAGGUGGGAGGAGGAGCAACUUAAGAUUUUGGAUGGGCCAGCUUGUCAGGUGCCAAAAUCAGCUCAGCAGAGUAGAUUACAGACAUCUUCUCCAUUUCCAAGUCUCCCUGAUGGGAUGAUGACACGGGCUCUGCAUGGAAGUAGACUAGUUACAGGAUCAAAAUUUCAUACCCAUCUAACAGAUAUCAAACUGGGUCUCGGUGAUCUCGUACCUAAACUACCUCGAUUUGAAGCAUCAGAUCGGCUUGGUUUGCAAAAUGAGCAACUUGCAAAUAUACCAACCUGGAACCAUGACAAAUAUCACACAUAUGUUCCAGGAGAAUCUUCGGCAGGAGCUUCUGAUCGAUCAGGGACAAAUUCAGACAUACCUGUUGGAAACCCUUUUAUGUUCAAUCCUUUGGGAACUAGUCGCUUGGGUUCUUCGGGUUUAAACAGCUCACAUAGCUCUGAUAGACAGGGAAAGGAGAAUGAUGAACCUGGUCUUGAUAACUCCGGGAUGUUGCCUAAUCUUUUGGAUGGAUCUUGGAAACUAUUUGGUGAAUCACCAAACAAUUUUGAGAAUGGUUCAGGACUGCUGCCUGAUCCCAGCGAAGGGAUUAGUGUAGCAAAUUUGAAAGAAGUAACAGAUGGUAAUUCUUCAAAGGGCAAACUACCCCAUUGGCUAAGAGAAGCUGUAAAAGUUUCUUCCAAGCCUCCAGACUCUAACCUGCCUCCUACUGUGUCAGCAGUUGCACAAUCAGUUCGCUUGCUAUAUGGGGAAGACAAAUUUAUUACCAUUCCCCCAUUUGUGAAUCCAGGUCCAGCUCCCUCUUUACCUAAAGAUCCAAGGCGGAGUCUAAAGAAGAAAAGAAAAAGGAAAUCGGUUAUUUUCAGACAAUCCCCACCAGAUGUAGGAAGCAGCCAACAGGAGGAGCUUGACGGUGGGCCUGUCCAAGGCGAUGCUACCGUUUCUUGCUCCAUCUCAUUGGUCUCACCACUUCCCAUGAAUCCACAGCCACAGGAAAUGGCAGGAACUUCAAGGCUUCCAGGUCUGGAAUCUGACAUCAGCGUACCUGCUCUAAACUUGAACAUGAAUCCAUCAUCCUCAACCCUGCACACGAACCAGCAGAAGAAAACAAGCAUGGGACUGUCCCCAUCACCGGAAGUUCUAAAGUUAGUUGGGUCUUGCGUCACUCCCAGCUCACAUAGGUCAUCUUUAUCAGGGAACUUGAACUCAAGUCUCCUUGAAAAGCUCCCCCUAUCAACUUCUCAUGAGCCAGAAGAGCUCUUGGGUACCAAAGGUUUGUCGGGAAAGAGUAAAAAACAGAGGUUAUCAUUCAAUUCGUUAGAUGUCUACAAUGAAGACAGACCAAAUUCCCCUGGAAGUGAUGAGUUGAGUGAGACACAAUCGGACCCCUCAAGAAGCCAAAGACCUGAUGGGGAAGAAAUAUCAUCUGAAGGGACUGUGUCCAAUUGUCAAACGAGGGACAAAGAAUUAUAGUUGUAAUAAGAAGGUGUAACAGUAUAGUCAUUUUUUAGUGCUGCGGGAGGCUGUAUGUGAAUGUGGUUGAAUUUUUGUAGGCAUUCUCCAAUGAGUUAAAUGAUGGUUCUGGUUGCCACUCCUUAAAGCACAA